AUGAGCAAACACAAGCCGAAGAAGGCAGCAGGGGAGCAGCAAGAGCCUCCACCUCCACCCCAGCCAGCCGUCAUUCCAAAUAGCGGGCAUCUUCCCUCCGUCAAAACUUCUCCGGAUACGACACUCGAGCCCUUGCAGCUCACAAGCGACGACCGGAAUCAAUUUCAAAUGCUGAAGCAGCCAGAAGCGCGCUGCUGCGUGUCGAAGUUCGAUAAAGCGCCUGAUAAGGCACUCGUUUGCUUCCAGUAUCUCAGUCAAGGCGGUGCCAACGUCAUAUUCAAGAUACAUUCAUGGCCGCAGAAGCCCUCACAGCAAGACCAGCCAUUCCUGUUCGUUGACGCAAAAUUGGCAAGCACAAAGGCUACCCCGAUCCACAGCCUUCAGCUAGUCGACAAGGUGCUUCGCAUCAACAAAGGCUUGCUCAAGACUCUACGGUGUGAGGAGGUCAUCUCGGGAUUCUACGGUCACGUGCGACCACUGUUCGCUGCGGGAGGAGUCACAACCAUUGUGGGACCUGCGUAUACGCAAUUGCCGAUUAAGAUGCACGAUCGCGACUACACAGAGUAUCUUAUGGAGCAUCAAGGCGUCAUACUCUACUCUAGCGUCAUGGUUAAUCUCACCUCCAAAAGCGAUGCCAUUGGCGUCGAAAGAGGUUUAGGUUCGGCACAGCAGCUGCUUACCUCCCAAAGGUGGGGUAUCCUUCUCCCCGAUAUGUCACCUACACCUGGAAACUCUGUCACUAUAGAGCUCAAGCCGAAGUGGCUUGCUCAGUCGCCUACUGCGCCUUCAAAGGCGAUACGCUGUCGCACAUGCGCAUUGCAGGUCCUGAAACCAAAGGAUCCGUCCAAAUACCUCUGUCCGUUGCAACUUCUGAAUGGCAACUUCGACGUCGUGAACAAAUGGGUCCUCUCCAGAGUCGCGGAGCAGGCGGCUGGCCCCACACAAGACACGAAAAGAAACAGCGCCAUAUCGCAUGAAAUCACUUCGUAUCUCAUGAAAGGCCCAGGGAAAAGUCUACUUGAACAUCUCAGGGUCCUGCAAGUCAGUCUCGACCACCAUGGCAUCCUCAAUGGCAACAAGAUAGGAUCGCCGAAGAAGGAGCUACACAACAUGUUCGAGCACAAUGUGCGCCUAGCAAUGACACUGCGGGAUUGCUCGCUUUACAUACGAAUUGCAUACUCGAAGGACGGUGCGGUCCCGUCGUCUAUCGAGUGCAAGCUCGGCGACCUGGAUUUCAAGUCUGCGGACAAGAUGGAUGACUGGGCUGCCAAAGAGACGGAGUUGAUUGAGUCUGGGUCGUAUACACGGGAGAUCAAGGAGGAUCUUGGUUGUCUCAUUCCUCACAUUAAUGCCGCCAAUCAGGCCUGGCUUCAGCGGUUGACGUACCUGCAUUGA